AUACGUAGACAAGCUCUCAGCUCAAAAGCCCAUGUGGUGACGUUAUCCCUCAAACCUGCAAAGCUGGAACCCUUUUUUUAUCUUUUAUUUUAUUCCUUGUCCCUGUCGAUCACGGCUUUUUUCAAAAAGGUGAAAGGAGCUAUCACAUGCUGGGCAUUUCCGCUUUAUCGCUGUGGCUGCAUCGUUGACUCAGACGUGCUACACAUAAUCAACCAAUCUAACAAAGUGGCUGAACAAGUGUUCACCCUUUCCCUUCACCAGCCAGCCCAUCAGCUUCUACUCUUGCUUUCUACCUUACUCUUAGCUCUUCUCACCAUCCAGUAUUCUACAAAUAUGUUAGCUCAAGAUACAUCAACGGCCCUCGUGAUCACGACGACUGUUCUCUCAACUGUUGCCUUUCUCGCUAUCGCCCGCGCCCUUCUCUACCCUGUGCGCCCGAAAACCAUUCGCAAUCCGCUCAAGGCGGGCGUGUACGACAAUGCCAAUGCUGAUAAGUUGAAGAAUCUUGUUUAUCAACCUGAUCAGUUUCCUGGCGCUCGAGAUGUCGAAACCCCAUACGGAAGCAUUCGUGUUUACGAGUUUGGCCCUGAGGAUGGUGAAAAGGUCUUCUUUGUGCAUGGCAUCAGCACACCCUGCAUCACUCUUGGGCCUAUAGCUCUUGGGCUCGCCAAACGGGGCUAUCGUGUGAUGCUCUUUGAUCUCUUUGGACGUGGUUUCUCCGAUGGUGUCGCAGAUAUUCCACACGAUGCCCGUCUCUACGUCUCCCAAAUGCUUCUCGUCUUGGCUUCCAGCCCUCUUGCAUGGACCGGUACAAACGCCUUCCGUCUUGUAGGCUAUUCUCUCGGCGGUGGCAUCGCAGUUCACUUUGCCAAUGUGUUUCCCAACCUCGUGCGCGACCUUGUGCUCCUCGCACCUGCAGGUCUAAUCCGCGCCGCCUCCUUUGGCCGCGUCUCUCGAUUCCUCUUCGUCUCUGGCCUCGUCCCGGAGCGCAUUCUGGCCGUUGCUACACGCAGUCGUCUUCAGAAGCCUAUCGCCGCUUCAGCCAAGCCACCUCCCAAGACGCCCAUCGAGGCUGUCACUACGCCACCACUCAAUGUUGCCGAGGCAGAAGUGGUUCCAGCGUCCGGUGAGGCCGUUACGCCGUUGGAGCAACGUGUUAUGGAGUAUGUGCGCUGGAUGGUCACGCAUCACAAUGGUUUCGUCCCCGCGUUCAUGUCGAGCAUUCGCUUUGCACCCCUGACCGAUCAGCAUGACGCCUGGGCCAAGUUGUCCAAGCGUGCUCCUGGCACUACAGCUAUUUUACUAGCUAGAUCUGACGAGAUUAUUGAUCCGGACUCCUAUCGCCGGGAUGCACUAUCUCUCGUUGGUGGUGAGCACCAUGUCCGCUGGCGAGUUCUUCCAGGGAGCCAUGAUUUUGUUAUGACGCAUGCGGGAGAUAUCCUUAGUGAGAUUGACGACAUGUUCAAUACUACUAAGAUGUGAUGAUAGUCAUGUUUUGUCGUAUCACUGCUUGAUCUCUUCUACGACGGGGCUCCAGACAUUUACAAAGAGCGAGAGCAGGGUGUCGGGUUAUCAGGAGUUUGUUAUAUUCAUGCCCUUUGUUUUUCCGGGAUAGAAUAUAGAGUAGAGAGCGAUUUACAUGUUUGAUUUUGUACUCGCUUCCAUAUAUCCGUUGAUGGUUGGCGAGUACCAAUGUCCUCAACUGCGCGGUCAUUGCCAAAUACAACCCGUUAUUAACGAUCUAAGGCUUGACUUUGGCACUAUAUUCAAUCAGCACACUCCGGCCAUCUCAGUCACCGAGCAAGGAUACUCACCAUAUUCCAGUAGACGCCCCGCCUCUUCAAUAACUCUGCAUGGUUUCCAUGUUCCAGCAGCUGACCAUCUCCCAAUACAAAGAUAACAUCAGCAUUCUGCACUGUGGCCAGUCGAUGUGCUACCACGAGCAUCGUGCGUCCUUCACUGGCUCUUUCGAAUGCCGACUGGACUAGCUUUUCGCUUUCCGAAUCAAGGGAGCUCGUAGCUUCGUCGAGAAGUAGGACUUUUGGGUCGCGAAUCAGAGCGCGAGCAAUCGCCACGCGCUGCUUCUGACCACCUGAAAGUGAUACACCACGUGAUCCAAUAUUUGUAUUGUAGCCCUCCGGCAAUGAGACGAUAAAAUCGUGGAUCGAGGCAUCACGGCACGCUUGGUGUAGUUGCUCAUCGGUGAUUGCUAAGGGGUCGACUCCAAGUAAGAUAUUCUCCCUGAUGGUGCCCUGGAAGAGGGUGGCUUCUUGGGCCACGAGAGAAAAGUACUUUCGGUAUUCGUACAAGUUGAUAUCGGUAGCAUCCUUGCCAUUCAGAAGGAUUCGGCCCUUAUCCAAGUCGUAAAAUCUGUUUCUUUAGUCACGGUACAGUGUAAUAGCAUGUCGAAGCGACUUACCUUUCCAACAAUGAAAUGAUCGAUGACUUUCCUGAG